AUGUCGGUGAACGAUCAGCCCCCCUCCGCGGAUACAACUCACCCUCAGCUCGCGAGCUCGCCCAAUUUCGCUCGGCGCCGUGCACCAGAUUUAGAAGCCCUCGAUCAUCGAUUGAAGCGGCUCUCCGACGACAUCCUACCGCCCCAACCUUAUCUCCUCACCCUGCCGACGAAUGCGCCUUUCCGCCUCGGGUCCCGCUCCGCAAACAAUUGGGCCAUAGGGCAUGAUCGACCGUUUGCCUCGGAUGAACAGCAACUACAGUAUACGACCUUUUUGACACAUCACAACACAGAUUCUCUGCUGGUGGCUGUUGGCGAUUGGUCGGACGAGUCGGGUCGCAUGAUGGUAGACCGAUCCUCGGCUCCAAGCACGACUACCGAGAACCCACGAGAGACUGUGGCUAAGAGAAAGAUUAGCUUGAACGACUAUAAGCACCAUAAGAAUAGCGGAACAACUGCGUCGCCGGCGCUUCAUGAUUCGAAAAGCCGAGACGGAACAACCCCUACUAAACGCGAAGAGAUUCCCCAAGCUCCCAAGCCGGCAUCCAUCAAGAAGAACACCGACCCUAUAGGAAGUGCAGCAAAACCACCUCCGCACCUUUCCCCAUCAAAGACCGCCAAGAAACGCCCUUCAACGUCGGAUAUUGAACCCCAUAGCCUUCGGGCGACCCGAGAUCCCGACAUGCAUUCUUCAAAGAAACAGCGGCUAUCCCCCGAGAAGGAACACCGCAAGCCCACACCAUCCACGAAAUCGUUACCGGCUCUUCUAUCCCCAACCCUACCUCCAUCUCCAGGUCCAGAUCAAGGCAGGAGUGCAAAGCUCCCUCGACUACUCUCGCCGACACUACCUCCCGACCUUGAGAAGGAAUUGGCCAAGCUUGGGAAUAUUUCGCCAUUGUCCCCGAAACGCGAUACCCCUGCAGUCAAGCCGAAACGAGAUGACCCUCUCCCGUCCCGGGCCUCCAAUUCCUCUAACAGUGGCAGCAAUUUGGGAUUGCAGAACAGUCGCACAAGCACCUCAUCAAAAGAUACGAAAUCCCCGAAAUUGAUUGUCAAAUUACGCUACGGGAAGGCAAACCGGAAGCUAGUCAGAGGGUUGCUGAAAUUCUCCGAUAGAAGGAAAGCCAACCGGACAGAUUCGCCUCCAGACUAUGACACUGAUCUUGAUGAUGCCCCUGUUGAGAGGAGAGGUGAUAGUGGGUCAACCGAGAGGAAAGCCUUGUUGGACCGUACCAAAUCAAAGUCUAGACAAGAUCCAGGCGAGCCGCCCAGUUCUUCUACUGCUCCUCGUUCAAAGGAUUCCAAGACCCCGGCAGAGAAGUCUCUCCCAACCACUUCUCAUGAGAGAUCGAAGGGGACCUCAUUAACGCCGGUUAAAGAUUCUAAAUCCUCACUUCCACGCCGGAAUGAUCUCGCAGAUGGCGGUGGCAAGACCCCGGUCAUUCCAACAAACAAACGCCAUUCAGUCGAUCCAGGUAUAAAGGGCUCACCCUCGCAGCCAAAUAAUCGCUCUCGGAUGGAUGAGCGUCGAGUGUGGCGAGAGGAGUUCCAGAAGUUUGGCAGCCUCGGCCGAGAAUUGAAACAUGCCGCCGAUCGAGCUAACAACGGAGCGACGGUUCCUGACGAGAAAUUGGCUGUUGUGACUGCCAUUGAGGCCAUUCUCUGCUUUAUUCUUGCCUUCGUGGCAGACGACCAAUCGAAAGUUAUUGCUAGGCAGGUGGGAGACUCCUCUACCUGGCGAUCCAUCCUGGCCUAUUGGCUGGUUGUGCGGAAGAACAGCAUGCCCUACCCGGCCUUGCAUAGCCUCUGCCAGAUACUAGGGGCCGUAUCAUACGAUGCCAUCCAUGCCCUCGACCUGGAGCGCCUGGCGGCCAGUCCGAUCCCAGGUGAACACACACCAGUCCCCACACCAGGCAGUGAUGGUAACACCGUCCUGUCCGAUGAGAAUAAGAAGAGCCGCAAGGAAUUCCUGGAGCUCAAAAACCGCUUGCCGGAAUGCUAUAAAGAAUCACACAAGCUGUGGCUGGACGGCUCGCGGGGCCUUGCAGAGGAUGUGCUAAGUUGCGACUUUCCCAUCACUUGGUCUCGGCGAUCUCGUCAUUAUAAGGAGCGUGGCAAGGCCACUCUCAAGCCUGGGGAGUAUGCGGGUGACUUUUUCCUUCCGCUAGGAGGUGUCACGCCGCCUAUUGAAGUUGUAAGGUUUGGCUGUGCCCUAUUGAAGGAGUGGUGUGCACAAGAAGGCGUCGAGUGGAAUGGCCGCAUUGGCCUGUGA